UACUUUUACGUAAAAGUAAUUCAAAUUGGAUAUUGGUUCGAUUAAGUAAUAAUUAUAACCAACUCUAUUCUUCAUGUAUACUAGUACUAUUAAAGAGAAGGCACUAAUUUUGUUCAUUUUUGUGUUCUCUAUAUAGCUUACAUGGCUUCUUACUACUUCCUCUUAUUUGUUCUUGUUGCUGCUUCUGCAAUAUCUGAAGCAGAUGCCAAAAAGAAGUUAUCUAAAGACUUCUACUGCAGCAGCUGUCCGGAACUGUUGUCUAUAGUGAACCAAGGAGUCAUAAAUGCCAUUAAGAAAGAAACUCGAAUAGGAGCUUCUUUACUUCGAUUGCAUUUCCAUGACUGCUUUGUAAACGGGUGUGAUGCAUCAAUACUUUUGGAUGAUACAAGCAGUUUCAUAGGAGAAAAAACAGCAGCUGCUAACAAUAAUUCAGCUAGAGGAUUCAACGUGAUUGAUGACAUCAAAGCCAAUGUGGAAAAAGCAUGCCCAGGGGUUGUGUCCUGUGCUGAUAUUCUUACCCUGGCUGCCCGGGACUCUGUUGUUCAUCUAGGAGGCCCUUCAUGGAAUGUAGGCUUGGGAAGAAGGGAUUCAAUCACAGCUAGUAGAUCUGAUGCCAAUAACUCAAUUCCUGCACCAUUUCUCAAUCUAAGCGCUCUCAAAACAAAUUUUGCUAACCAAGGACUCUCAGCUAAGGACUUGGUGGCUCUUUCAGGUGCACAUACAAUUGGCCUAGCUAGAUGUGUACAAUUUCGAGCACACAUCUACAAUGACUCCAACGUUGACUCCUUAUUUAGAAAGUCUCUACAAAACAAAUGCCCCAGAAGUGGAAAUGACAAUGUGCUUGAACCCCUCGACCAUCAAACACCGACUCAUUUCGAUAACCUAUACUUCAAGAAUUUACUAGCUAAAAAGGCUCUUCUCCAUUCAGACCAGGAGCUAUUCAAUGGAAGCUCUACCGAUAAUCUGGUAAGGAAAUAUGCUACUGAUAAUGCUAAAUUUUUUAAAGCCUUUGCCAAGGGUAUGGUCAAAAUGAGUAGCAUCAAGCCCCUCACAGGAAGCAAUGGACAGAUCAGAACCAAUUGCAGAAAAAUCAACUGAAAAUUAGUAAUAUGUAUCUAUAAUAAUACAUAUAUGUAUGAGUGUGUAAUUAUCCAUCUACAUUUUCAAAAUCAUGCCUAAUGAUACUGUUUCAUUUUUCGUUAGGCAAAUAAAAUGUAAACAUGGUAAGAUAUUCAUUUAUAGCAAGUUUUGUAUUGUAA